AAGAGUUUCCCCUUGACCGUAUGGUGGCCUCUUACUCUCGUUACACAAGUUGUUUACAUUGCUGGACAUCGCUAAGCGGUCUCCAUCGAAUAGGACUUGUACACAAGAAUGAUGACAGCACGGUGCUCCACAGUUGUCCUGAGGACAGGAUUAAAUGUUUGUCGACAAGACGACGUUGCCUGCAGCAUGGCCUCCCAGUUGAGGCUCAUUUCUCGGCUGCACAGUUUACCUAUCAGACUCAGCAGAAGUACUUCAUGUACCAUGACACGAAAUAAUACCCAGAAGAUACAGCUAGAAGAGAACAUGUGGACCCAUCAGCAGUCUUUAGUCCAGAGAAUGACCCACUGUCACAGGUGUUACAGCUCUGGCACCCUCGUUAACACAGCUGGCAGUGGCGGACUUUUUGGCAGGAUUAAAAAAGCGGUGGGCCUGAAGGAGAAAGCUACUUACAGAUACCCCAGAACAAAAAUGGCAAUGACUGGCUUCAAACUGUUCAGAAAUUGUUCAGAACUGAUUGAUUAUGAAGAGUUCUUUGAAGUCUUUGACAUGCCAGAUACUUUCAACUCCUGGUUCCUUGUCAUGGAACUCCAUGUCUGGAUGUACAUGGUGCGACUGGCAGCAGAGGGAGCCGAUGGGAAAUAUGUGAGGAACAGUCUGGUAGAAAUGAUGUGGAAAGAUGUGGAAGAAAGAAUCAAAAUGAUUGGGGGAGGAGCCCGUCGUAGUUACCUAAGAGACAGUCUAGAGAGCCUGGGUGGCCAUUUCCGCAUGAGUCUGUACGCCUAUGAUGAGGGCCUAUUGUCUCAUGACCGUGUGUUGGCGGGCGCUCUUUGGAGGAUAUUUUUUGAGAAGGCAGAUACAGAUCCAGGUUCCCUGGCUCGCAUGGUGGAAUAUGUUCGACAACAGAUUCAUGCUUUAGACAGUGCUGACUCAGAGAGAUUACUAUGCCACGGUGAUGUCAGGUUUUUACCGCUGUCUGUGGAGAAGGGAGUGAUGUCACAGAACAGACGAAACUCAACCCAAUAAUGACAGCGUAUGGGCUAGUCAUAGCCAGAUGUUUGCUUUGUUUAAUAUAUUAGAAUCUUGUAUGGAUCACAUCUUGUAUGGAUCACAUCUAGUAUGGAUCACAUCUUG